UCUACAAUAAAAAAAUUGUCCCUCAAAUUGAUUGUUCUCGUUAAUUCCCCUCUAUAAUCACUUUAUCCACCAACUCCAGCCAGAAACAGCCAAACCACUGCCCAUCAUGGCUACAAUGCGCGCAAUCGACAUCAAAAAUGGCAAAGGUCCUGCCUCCGCUCUCUUUCUCAACUCCUCUGUCCCCAAACCUUUGCCCAAGCCCACCGAGGCCCUCGUGCGCGUCAAGGCCUUCGGGCUGAACCGCAUGGACCUCCUCCAGCGAGAGGGCAAAUACCCACUACCCCCGAACAUCAGCUUGAUCCUCGGCGUCGAGUUCAGCGGCGUCGUAGAGGAGCUAGGUGCCGAAGCACAGAAGGGGAAGUUCAAGGUUGGAGAUGAGGUGUUUGGACUCGCGUAUGGAGGCGCCUACGCCGAAUUCAUCACCGUCUCCGCUGCGACUCUCCUCCACAAGCCUAGCACACUAAGCUGGGUGACCGCUGCUGCAAUCCCAGAGACCUUCAUGACUGCCACACAAGCCCUCCACCUGAUCGGCGCCUUCAAGCCUGGGGACAGCGUCCUCUGGCACGCCGGCGCUUCCUCCGUCUCGAUUGCUGGCAUGCAGCUGUCCAAACUCGCUGGUGCAUCCGCCGUCUACGUUACUUCGCGCACACCGGAGAAGGUCAAGUGGUGCGUCGACACAUUUGGCGCCGCUGGUGGCUUCGACACCACGCAGAAGGGCUGGGGAGAAGAGGCACAGAAGGCCACUGGAGGGAAGGGGAUUGAUGUCAUCGUGGACUUUAUGGGCGCCUCGACAUUUGCGGAUAACCUGAAGGCAGCGGCAAAGGAUGGCCGCAUCGCGAACCUGGGACUUAUGGGCGGCGUCAACCUGCCAGCUGAAACGAACAUCGGCUUGUUCCUGGCGAAGAGGCUUAGAUACGAGGGAAGCAGUUUGAGAAGCCGUGAUGAGAAGUAUCAGUCGCAGCUGACGGGGAAGUUGGAGGGUUACUUGGAGGCGUUUGCGAAGGGGGAUUUGGAGGUUAAGAUUGAGAAGGUAUUUGAUUGGAAGGAUGUGAUUAAGGCGCAUGAGUUGCUGGAGGGCAAUGGGACUAAGGGGAAGGUGGUUUGUGUUAUUAGUUAGGGGGCGGUAGCAUCAAAAUCUUGAUCAAGUUUGUAUAUCUCAAAUUCAAACUCCCAGGAUGAUGAAUAGAUCUUUUUUUUAAGACUAUUAUAACCGUACCCGCCCAUGAUCAUCACA